GCGUCGGAAAUGUAUACUAUUCUGAAACACAGAGAGGCAAUCAUAGCUUGAUGAGGUGUAAAAUAAAUAAAUAAAUAAAUAAAUAAAGCGUAAUCCGUAGGACUAAUUGAAGCAAUAAUGGUGAUAGGGUGAGGUUUUUCAUUUUUUUUUCACCCUCACAGAUAUUUGUCAGUGGUGGUCACAUGUUUCUGCUUAAAAGGUUAUAAUGUGAAGAAAGCUUCAUCGACAUGCAGGGAACAUUCGACGAAAUGUGCGCUCGGAAAGUUUAAGGGAGGAAUGCUGAAGGAUAUACAUCUAAUACAUAAUUUAACAAUAACUUUCAUCUUAAUCACUGACGGGGUGUUAACAUUUAACUUGAAGUAUUUAUCACGGGCAAUAACACUGAGCUGGCUUAGCUAAGUCUCUAUUUUCAAAUGAAUAAGCCAUACAAUGUGUGAGUGUUCAUCAGUGGGAUGAGGGUUUCUGAUCAUUUAUUGACAUAAAGAAGAUCCAAGAAAUAGUUUGGUAAAAUAAAUGCAAGCCAGUCUUUAACCACGACACACAGCGGGGCAAAAUAACCUCAAUAUAUCGAAAGUAAUUUCACGCCUAUGUGAUAUUUCCUCUAUAUGGUGCGUCACUGCUUUAGAGCUCUGCAGUAAAGUUUUGAAAUUUAAAAAAAAAAAAAAAAAAAACUUAGGACAACCCUUUUAAAUGGUGUCGUCCAAUCAGAUGCAUGUAGAUGGAAAGUUCCAAGAAGUGGCAGUGCAGAAGGUUUAUCAGGGCCGUACAGUCCACUGUGUCACGCUCGGCCACCUUCUGACAAUCAGCUAAACCCCUGAAAGCCAUGUAAUUCAGCUCACACGAGCAGCCUGUGUUAUCUAAAGAGUUUCGCUACGUGCAGCCGGAUGAAGUGUCUCGUCUUUAUCGCUGGAAAUAUUUCGAGCGUAAAAACAAGUCUUCAUCGCCUUCACCUCGGCGUGGCCGUAAUCCCUUCGUAGUUAUAAGGCAGAGACAGUCAAAGAGUUCUCAAGAUGUACAAAGCCGAGGGAAAGGGAGGACUCUGAGCCACUCGUAUCAAACUUCUGAAUUACAAGACCCUGUUCCUGCUGAGGACCACCGAUUAUCCAGAAUCACCAUGGAUAGCGUUCCUAAACGGUGGGUGAUGAAACCUUUGACACCUAAAUUAGAGAGGUCUGACUUCCGGAGCUUGUUGAGCCCUGGCAGUGAGCCAUAUUCCUUAGAGAAGAGCUGGAGUCUCAGCCAGAAUGGUGAAUCCCAUCGAUCCAGCUUUGAUAACAUCUCAGUGACCCAGUCCUCUGUGAGAGUCUCGAAUGGAGAGGGUUUUGAGGAUGUUGUCCAUGCCAAGCAAGUGGCUGUGUUUGAAGACAGCAGUACCAGUGACUGGCAGCCUAGUACACCUAACAGCCCAGGUUCUGCAAGCAGUGUAGACUCCCGCAUGGGAUUCUACUCCUUUGUGGAUGACCCAACAAGCCCAGAAGCUGAGAAGAAUGAGGUUUACAUGGUCUCACCUCAGAGACAGGCCAAACUAUCAACUCUAAAAGAGAAGAGUAGGUUUAAGCUGCAGACUUACACAGAAGAGAGACGACCUGAGAAACUGUUCCAAGAGACUAAUGGUGAUUACCGGUACCAUGUCGGUGACUCACCAGGAGACGACAACGAUGAAGAGAAGCCAGAUCGAAUGGAGAUCAUCCGGAGUCAGGCACCUAAAAAGAACGCUGUCUUCAAAGAGCAACGGAGUGCCCUGGAGAACCCGGAUCUUACUCACUCCCCCCAGCGUCUGGUUGAGGGAUUUAGUCUGUGCUAUAGCCCUGUGAGCACUAAACCUCUGCAGUCUGAAGCAGAGCCUGGCACCAUUGACAACCAGCAGAUUGACUUCAAUGCAGCACGGAAACAGUUCCAAAUGAUGGAGCGCACAAAGCAAAACCCCUUAAGGAGUUCUCAGCCACCGGGACUUUCUCCAAAACUACGGGAAAGAUCGUUAUCCGCAGGGGCUCGACUUUUAACAAAGGAGACCCUAAAGGAUGACUCUUGGAAGAGACAAGAAGACGAGGCAAUCCCCGUCAAAGAGGAUCUAGAAGAUAGGAUUCAGACUAGCUCGAUGGACAAUCUAGACUUGGGACUUGACAACCAAGGUGUGGCCUCCACAAGUGUUGGAAGUUUAUUCACCGAGCCUUCCAUAUUAGAGAGCACGUCUGUGGCUAGCAUGAGCGAAACACCCAUUGAGCGAGAGAUCCGAAUAGCUCAGGAACGAGAGCAAGACCUCAGGCGUUCACGAGGUAUAUUUCGCUCAGACACCUCAGAAAUGGUUGAGAUCAAGACCAAGCCUAUUCUGUCCCUACCAACACCACAAAUAAAGCCUAUCAAAGCCAAAGAGCCCAGUAGAAUGAGUUUAUUCUUUCAACGUGAGAUGGAAAGGGUUAAUCAGAGCCCAGGCCUUUAUGACAGAGGAAGUCUACAUCAUCAGGGUGAGAGGAAGAAUACUUUUGGGUCUCUAUCAGACCAGCUGGAUAUUAUUUCUUCAAGCACAAGCCCAGGCAUAACUCCCACUGGUAGAUCUAUUAUUACAGAGGACGCAUCAAUUACAGAGAACCCUGUGCAUGUAGAACAAAGGGAUGUAUUCGACUCUGCGGAGCCUCUCUCGCCCUGCUGCCCUCAUCGACACCCAGAUGAGACGAUGCUUUGGAGGGAAAGUACUGCAAAUAUUCCAGACAAAACAUUUGGAAGGAGUCCAUACAGCAAGGAGUGGGCUGAAAAAGAAAACGAUAAAGUCAAAACUACAAACCAACCAUUUUGGAUGGGAGAUUAUAAGCCAAAAGUGUUACGGAGAACCUUCACUCCGCCGAACCCUCUUUCCUUUCCACCCGAACCUCUAAAAAGCAGCAGAUCUACAGGAGCUUGGAGAACUCUUUCUGAGAGCUCAAGUGAGUGGCCCCGCAUGUUAAACGCCCCAGAUAUAAUCCGCAGAGAGAUUGAAGAGAACCUCAAACGAGAACAGGAGCUUCAAGAACUACGAGAAACCAGCAAUCCCUCAGGUUCCUCAGAACCCAUAUUCACCUCGGAUGAGGUGUCUGAGCAAAGGCAUAAUGAGCAAACGCUAAUUAGGAGUUCUGAUGACAAUUUAGUGGAGGUAGACGCUGCCCUACCACAAAAAUCUACACAAAGGACCAGUUACAGUUCCUCCUAUUCCUGGAAUGCGGAUCCCACCCCUGUGACCAGUACAUCAGUGCCAGGCCCCCGUUCAAGACUUUCCUCCAUCAUGACAGCCCAACCUUGGAGUGGUCCCAAGCCCACAACUCCUGCAGUCCAUAAGGCAGUUCCUACCCUUCCUUCUAGUCCAUUAACCUCCUCCCACAAGGGUCUGACAAAGACACUGCUGGAUGACUUUGAGGAAAGACGAGUCAGACUGAAGCUUGACGAGAGCUCUUAUGCUGGGAUUCAGCCUGUUGAUGACAUUAACAAUGAGGUUGUAGAAGUGACUCGUGUAACACGGCACAAAAACACAAGGGCUCUGCGCUGGGAAGCUGGUGUGUAUGCCAACGAAGAGAACAACUGACUCUGGACUUGCUGUGCGAGUGGAACGUAAUCAUCUCAAUACUAAUGCUAGUAGCAACCAACUCCAGACUUGAUUAUCUGGACAGGCUGGAUUUAACUGACACCUUGUACUGUACUUACUGAGGCACCACCCUUUGGUGGCUCUUAAUUAUAGAGGGAACAUGAAUUCUGAAGGCCAUCAGGAGAUGCAGAAAACUGCGUCAUGGUAUGCAUCAUGACUAAAGGGCAAUGGACAUUAUGUCAUGAUUUGAGUGUUCUUGGGUGGAAACAUGGUUUCUAUCUCAACGACAGGAAUGAAUAUCUCACAAUCAGUGCCUGAUCACUGCCUGAUGUUGGGCAGAAUGGUAUAAAAUACCCCAGUUUGAAGAAACUUGCCAAUAAAUGUCAACUAGUUCUACAGUAUUACCAGCAUAUAUAUAUAUAUAUAAAUAAAUGGAGGUUUACACCCUGUAACAAAUCAAUCAAACAAACAAACAAACUAAAAACUUGUAAUCAUAAAUAAAAACAUCAAAAUCUCUAACAGUUGUCUCUAUCUUAACACAGUCCUUCUAUAUAUAUUUUCAUUGUAAGGACAUUGCACUGAUUUUAUCUGUAAGUUUUAGUGAAAAUCAUGCUUCUUUUUUGUAAAUUUACUUUGUGAUCUGAAAUAUCUGUUUCUUAGUUUGUUGUUGUUGUUGUUGUUGUUGUUUGUGUACAGUACCACGUAGGACUGAUUAACGCAAUAUUAAUUAUAUCGAUAACCAAAAGGAAUAAAAUAGGAAGCGCAGAAAGUUUAAAACUGACUCUUCGCAGAACGGCUUCUCCCCGAGGACAUGGGUGGAAUCGUUUACCAUCCGGCAGCUCCUGCGUGUCUGAUGAGUGACCUCGGAUUGUGUUUUGCAAGGCCGGAACAAGCGCUUUCAGCUCUUUAUCCUGCUUUCAGUGCCAUUAGAUUAAUUUAUAACCUCCAACAAAGGACAUAAAGGACGCACGCACGUGCAUAACUGAACAGUAGAGGGAGCAGGAGUAUUGAAUUCAGUAGGGUUCAAAGACGUUAGUGUUUUCACCCGUUCAGUGACCUCUAUCUAGGAUAAUAAUGUGGAAUAACGUGGAACAGUGUAAGCAACAGUUGGAGAAAGAAUUUGCUAGAGGAUUGAUUUGAAUCCUAAAUCAUAACCGAUGUGUCUUUCUAACCAAGAAAAACCCAGAAUGAACCGAUACUUCCGUCAAACAGGAAUAUGCUAAUUUGUAUGCUAAUGUGAUAUUUGUAUGAAGAUUUGAUGAUUUGGAAUAAAACUGAAUGAAAUUGC